UAAUUAUCCGAGUUAUAACUCAGUGUAAAUGUUUAAACAAGCUGUGUCAUAUUUAUACAUAAGUUAAUCUUCUCUUCGAUUGUUUACCAGUCAGAACUAACUUGGAAGUUCAAUUUGCUGUUAAGCAUCUUAACAUGUUUGUAGGAAGUGACCGAAUGGAGUUUCCAAAUUAUACAUAGUAACAUCCCAUUAUCAGUCGUGGGAUAGAUGACUAGCUAAUCAAAUUUUGAUUAUUGGUUGAGGGAGAGAUGUUAACCAAGACAUUACCUUGAUUCUCCUGGUGUCUAUUAACAUCCUCUUUAAAGGCUUAAAUCUAGAAGAGGACUGCCUUCUCUUUUGGCUCAAGGAUUGAGCAUUGAGUCACUAAAGCCAUCAUGAUGUGCGUGAAGGUUUGGUGUGUCGUAGGACUAGGCAUCCUGAUCUCCAUCACCCAGGCACAUACUGAUUUCUUCACAUCAAUUGGCCAGAUGACAGAUCUCCUAUACACAGAGAAAGAUCUGGUGACUUCCUUGAAAGAUUACAUCAAAGCUGAGGAGAGCAAACUAGGUGAAAUCAAACGGUGGGCAGAAAAACUGGACCAACUCACUGAGACAGCCACAAAAGAUCCAGAAGGAUUCCUUGGUCAUCCAGUGAAUGCCUUUAAAUUGAUGAAACGAUUGAACUCGGAGUGGGUAGAGCUGGAAAAUCUGGUACUUAAGGAUAUGUCAGAUGGAUUCAUUUCUAACCUCACUAUUCAGAGACAGUACUUCCCGAAUGAUGAAGACCAGACUGGAGCAGCCAAGGCCCUCAUACGUCUCCAAGACACAUACAAUCUAGACGCAGACACCAUUUCUCAAGGCAACUUGCCUGGUGUGAAGCAUAAAACAUCUCUGUCAGUGGAGGACUGCUUUGAGCUGGGGAAAGUAGCCUACUCAGAUGCAGAUUACUACCACACUGAACUAUGGAUGGAACAGGCAUUAAGGCAGUUGGAUGCUGGUGAGGUAUCCACCAUUGACAAAAUCACCGUACUAGACUACCUGAGCUAUUCAGUGUAUCAGCAGGGCGACCUGGACAAGGCAUUGGAGCUCACAAGAAGGAUGUUGAAACUGGAUCCAGAGCACCAGCGAGCAAAUGGAAACCUGAAAUAUUUCGAAUAUAUGAUAGCUGACCAGAAAAAAAAGUUGGGUGAAUCCCAGGAGUCGAAAGGAUCCAAAGCAGGGAGUAUCUCAGAGACCAAGAAAGGGCGUCCAGCGGAUUACCUGCCAGAGAGACGGAAAUAUGAAAUGCUGUGCCGAGGAGAAGGUAUCAAAUUGACUCCACGAAGGCAGAGAAAACUCUUUUGCCGUUACACAGAUGCAGGCAGGAAUCCAGUAUACAUUCUGAAACCAGUGAAACAGCAGGAUGAGUGGGACAAACCGCGAAUUGUCCGUUACAUUGAUAUCAUAUCUGAUGAGGAAAUUGAACGAGUGAAAGAGCUAGCAAAACCAAGGCUGAGACGAGCCACCAUUUCUAACCCAAUAACUGGAGUGCUGGAGACAGCUCAUUACAGAAUAAGCAAAAGUGCUUGGCUGUCAGGUUAUGAAGAUCCUGUAAUAAGUCGUAUUAACAAGAGGAUAGAAGAUAUCACGGGGCUUGACGUUUCCACGGCAGAAGAACUGCAGGUUGCCAAUUAUGGGGUUGGUGGCCAGUACGAGCCUCAUUUUGACUUUGGACGGAAAGAUGAACCUGAUGCUUUUAAAGAACUGGGCACUGGGAACAGGAUUGCUACCUGGUUAUUUUACAUGAGUGAUGUAGCAGCCGGAGGAGCCACAGUUUUCCCUGAAGUAGGAGCAGCUGUUUGGCCACAAAAGGGCACAGCAGUGUUUUGGUACAAUCUGUUUCCCAGUGGAGAAGGUGACUACAGCACACGGCAUGCAGCUUGUCCAGUAUUAGUUGGAAACAAAUGGGUGUCAAACAAGUGGAUCCAUGAGCGUGGGCAAGAAUUUCGAAGAAAGUGUAACUUGACAGAGAUGGACUGAUGUGCUCACUGUGAAUUGCUCCCUGUCCACCUCACCUUCACCACAGCUCAGUCCUGUUUACAUUCCUAUCAUUGCUCCUAGUCUUUGUUCUCCACCCUCAUGACUUCACUCUGACUCAAACAUACUUUUGUUUUAACACUAAGUGAAGACCUGGGCUGAGAGGUUCACAUUUUCCAUUGUCAGGUUUUAUUGAACUAGACUGAGCUGGUUAAAGUGACAGGAAAUAUUCCUCUAAAAUCAUGCAGUUUGUCAUUUUAUUUUCCCACAUGUUAUAUGGCUCUUUUCUCUAACUAGGUUUUUAAUGGGGGUGAUUUCAUGUUUUUGAAAUUGCAACGUGAAGCUGCAUUCCUCAGCAGGCAAUGAGAUCUUUUCUGGGAGUGAGUAUUCCUCACUAAACAAAGCUUUACUUGGGCAUUUGUUGCAAGAUGAGACUUGGAAUUUGGUAAACUUUAUAAAUCCCAUUUCUGGAAGAGCAGCGCUUCAUGUAAGCCUGAAUAACGAAGCAUUUUCCUGAAUGGAGUGUAGGUAUGUUUGCACAUAGUUUAGUGUGUAUAUUCAAUUAUAUAAAUGGUUCUCUGAAAUCACAUGUUCACUGACAAAAGCCAUACAUGAUGUUGACAUUGGAAGUACAUAUUCCUUUUUGCUAAAUGUAAGAAAACCAUUUGAAAACUUGGAUAUUAUGAACAACACAUACAAAAUGCUGGAGGAACUCAGCAGGCCAGGCAGCAGCCAUGGAAAAAAGUACAGUCAACGUUUCGAGCCGAAACCCUUUGGCAGGACUGAAACGUCAACUGUUCUUUUUUCCAUAGAUGCUGCCUGGCUUGCUGAGUUUGUCCAGCAUUUUGUGUGUGUUGCUUGGAUUUCCAGCAUCUGCAGACUUUCUCUUGUUUGGAAAUAUGAAUCAUGAUUUCAGAUAAAAUUAACAAAGUACUCUGAACACUUUUGCAGUAUGUUUGACCAUGUGUGUGGGGUAUAACAGAAGUACCAUUCAAUAGUAACGCACUCCAUCUGAUGCACUCUGAAUGCAAAACUUAUGCUUAUUAAACACAGGGCAAACCCCACUUUUACUCCUUUCCCAUGAAUCAAUCAUUUGUUGCUUUCUUUUUAAUUGUUAACUACCAGAUCCUGCAUAGUCUAUUACAGCAUAAUAGCUGCAUCCAUAGCGAUAUCAGUUCAUUGUUCCAGUAUUAUCAAGCAUCCUUGACAUAAUUUGGCUUGGCUUAGGCACCUUUGAAAUUUGGCCAGAUGAUGUCAGAACACUACAGACUCUUUGGCUGUAUAUAUUGUUUUCAUUAGUUUUUAAACAAGUGUAUAUUACAUAAAAAGUGUUGGCCCUUACCCCUUUUUUUAAGCUGACUUGCAUAAUUAUGUUUUUAAAAAGAAACAAUCAGUGGCUAAACUGUGUGGGGGGGAAACCUUAAAAAUGAAUUUUUUUUAACUAAAGCUUUAGGGUGGCUGAGAGAUAAUGUGAUAAAAUAACACAAACAGCGUGCUCGAGGAUCUUUUUCAAAGGAAAAGUGCUUUUCUGUGCUAUCAGUGGGAAAUUUUGUAUUUAUAUAUCUUUAUUUUAAUAAAACCUGCCCUUUUCUGUUUUCCUAAGUUACCAUUUUCUUUAGUGUCUCAUUAUAUAUUUGAUUGCAAGGGUAGUUCUCAACUUUGUACAGUUGCCACACAACUGUAGUCUCAGGAAUGAAAUAAUCAGAGCCAAAUGUCCUCAACUUGAUUGCCUGAAUGACAAUGCAGGAUGGAAACCGAUAAGAUUUAUUUUGUGAUCUACACACCAGCUCACAUCACUGUUAUCUACUUAAAAAUGGGAAGCAGUUUAUUCCAAUCAGUACAACUUCACCUAAUUUUUAAAUAGAAGCUUAUCAGACUUCAGCCUGUGGUUGGGUACUCAGUACUGUGAUGGAGAAUUAACACAAUUAAAUGUGAAAUCCCAGCCAAAUAGGGGAGGUAGAAAGAAGUGCAGACUCAAAAUCCUAUCACAUGAGCAAAUCAGGGGGAGACAAAGUGAGGCACAGCACCCAAAUCCCACCCCAUGAACAGCAGAAGAGUCUGGCUAAUUUGUCAAUCUACCAGCAACACACUCCCUUGUCAAGAAAGUGCUGUAUGCAGGAUUGAGAACAGGCGUGUUCUCUUGCCCACCUCCAAAUGGUUUAAGAAUCUCUGCAACAAGUGCUAACCAUCUCAAGAUUGAUCAAUUACUUGUAAUUUUUUAAGAAAUCGAACUUUAAAGUUUCUAUUCCUCCUAUCCCAGCACCUUUCACCCAGAAAGGGGGCUCCCUAAGUGUGUUUGUAAUGCAGCAGCCAUCGACCCCCUGCCCUGUGUUAAUCAAGUGAGUGCUGGCCUUUUGGGUAUUAGAAGCACCUACCUAACCAAUAAUGGUGAUCCAUCAGUUUGGAACUUGACAAGUGCCAUUGGAUUUAAAUUCAUUUGCCUGCUUUUCUAUGAAGCGGGGCCACUGGACUUUGGCACCUUUAAUCAUUCUUCCCUUCUUGUAAAAUAUUAGUUUAUAUAUUUGCAAAGCUGUAGAAGUUGUAUGAAUGACAGAUUUUUUUUUAAUUCUAGAAUACAACUUUGUUAACCAAGUGCUGCUCCUAUAAACCUGAAUUUAAUUUCCAGUAUCUGCAGAUUUUCUCUUGUCAAUGUUUUCACUCUUGAUUUUGUCCUUGUUCCAGUGUAAGCACAAAUGAGAAAAUAAAGUCUCACUGUGGCAGCAGUGACAAUUUCUUCUUUUAAGCACAUUUGUUGCCUUUU